UCCCCCGCCUGCUGCGGUAACCCGGGAAACCAGAGUUGAUCUGCGGGCCUACUGGAAGCAAGUUUCAUGGCAGCCGCGAAGAAAGCAGCUGUGGGGCCGUUGGUGGGAGCAGUGGACCAGGGUACCAGUUCGACGCGCUUUUUAGUUUUCAAUUCAAAAACAGCUGAACUGCUUAGUCAUCAUCAAGUGGAAAUAAAACAGCAGUUCCCAAGAGAAGGGUGGGUGGAACAAGACCCUAAGGAAAUUCUGCAGUCUGUCCGAGACUGCAUAGAGAAAACCUGUGAAAAACUUGGACAGCGCAAUAUUGAUAUUUCCAACAUAAAAGCUAUUGGUGUGAGCAACCAGAGGGAAACCACUGUCGUCUGGGACAAGAUAACUGGUGAGCCUCUCUACAAUGCUGUCCUGUGGCUUGACUUAAGAACCCAGUCCACCGUGGAGAAACUGAGUAAACUAAUUCCAGGAAAUAAAAAUUUUGUCAAGUCCAAGACGGGCCUUCCAGUUAGCACUUACUUCAGUGCAGUGAAACUUCGUUGGCUCUUUGACAACGUGAGAAAUGUUCAGAAGGCUGUGGAAGGACGCAGAGCUCUUUUUGGGACCAUUGAUUCGUGGCUUAUUUGGAGUUUGACGGGAGGAGUCAAUGGAGGCGUCCACUGUACGGAUGUAACAAAUGCCAGCAGGACGAUGCUUUUCAACAUUCAUUCUUUGCAAUGGGAUGAAGAGCUCUGCGCCUUUUUUGGAAUUCCAAUGGAAAUUCUUCCCAGUGUCCGGAGUUCCUCUGAGAUCUAUGGCCUGAUGCAAUCUGGGGUCUUGGAAGGUGUACCAAUAUCGGGGUGUUUGGGCGAUCAGUCUGCUGCUUUGGUGGGACAAAUGUGCUUCCAGGAUGGACAAGCCAAAAACACAUAUGGAACAGGAUGCUUCUUACUAUGCAAUACAGGCCGUAAGUGUGUAUUUUCUGAACAUGGCCUUCUGACCACAGUGGCCUACAAACUUGGAAGAGACAAACCAGUAUAUUAUGCGUUGGAAGGUUCUGUAGCUAUAGCCGGUGCUGUUAUUCGCUGGCUAAGAGACAAUCUUGGAAUUAUUAAGACCUCGGAGGAAAUUGAAAAACUUGCUAAAGAAGCAGGUACUUCUUACGACUGCUACUUUGUCCCAGCGUUUUCAGGGCUGUAUGCACCUUAUUGGAAACCCAGUGCGAGAGGGAUAAUCUGUGGACUCACGCAGUUCACCAAAAAAUGCCAUAUUGGUUUUGCUGCGUUAGAAGCUGUUUGUUUCCAAACCCGAGAGAUUUUGGAUGCCAUGAAUCAUGAUUGUGGAAUUCCCCUCAGUCAUUUACAGGUAGAUGGAGGAAUGACCAACAAUAAAAUUCUUAUGCAGCUACAAGCAGACAUCCUGUGCAUUCCAGUAGUGAAGCCCACCAUGCCAGAAACAACUGCCCUGGGUGCUGCCAUGGCAGCAGGAGCUGCAGAAGGAGUUGGUGUUUGGAGUCUCAAACCAGAGGAUUUGUCAUCUGUCACGAUGGAGCGGUUUGAACCUCAGAUCAAUCCUGAAGAAAGUGAAAUUCGCUAUGCUACAUGGAAGAAAGCCGUGAUCAAGUCAAUGGAUUGGGUUACAACUGAGUCUCCAGAGAGUGGUGACCCUUGUAUCUUCUGUAGUCUGACUUUGGGCUUUUUUAUAGUAAGUAGCAUGGUAAUGUUAAUUGGAGCAAGGCACAUCUCAAGUAUCCCAUAAAUAAUACCAACUGAUGGAUUUCCAAGAUGAGAACUUUUUAUGAAAGGAGAGAAUCUAGCAAUUGUGACUCAAUGUGAUGACACAAUCUAUAGACUCUGAUUUCAUUUUAUAUGCCCUUGCUCCAUGAUCCACUUAAUAGACCUGUGGCUUGAAAUAAAGAAAAUGCAGCAGCAAAAAAAACAAAAAAAAAACCCUCAAAGUAUUGCUGUGUGGUCACUAUUUUCAAUCAGGCUUCCUUAGGCACUACUAGUUGUUACUUUUUUUUUAAGUCUAUUUUUAGAGCUAUUUUAGGUUGACAACAAAAUUGAGUAGAAAUGACAGAGCUCCCUUAUACAUCUUGUCCCCUCCCCACAUACAUUGCUUCACCACUUACAUCCUACACCAGAGUGGUACAUUAGCUACAUUCAAUGAAUCUACAUUGACUCUUCAGUGCUACCCAAAGUACACAGUUUAUAGUAGAGUUCACUCUCAAUGUUGAAGAUUUUACAGGUAUUGACAAGUAUGUAAUGCCCUGUAUACACCAUUAUAGUACAAAGCAGUAGCUUCACUGCCCCUCAAUUCCUCAUUCCAGCCUCUAGCAACUACUGAUCUCACUGUUUCCAUACCUUGCUUUUCCAGAAUAUGAUAUUGUUGGAAUCAUACAGUAU